CGGGGACGGGCGCAAACUUCGCCGGCUGCCUGGUGGCCUCUUGGUGGGUCUUCUUUCCAUCCACUGGAGGGGAGCCGACGGCUGUGUCUCGCCAGGCUUCGGGGGUGCGAGCAGACGGUGGGAGGAGAACGGUACCCGGACCCCCGAGGCCACAGGCUCGCUCUCUGGGAGAGCGGCGGACCGAGGGGAGCGCAGGGACCUUCCGCGAUUGCUGGAUCAAGAACUGGGUGCUCGGGGCGCACCCGCCAGUACGGCGCCAGCCAGGACAACAAAGGGAAGCGUGGACAGAGGAAGAGUUUCGCGGUUCAGGAGAGUCGGGGCCCGAGGGAUGCUGUGCCUUGAGCCGUGGACCCGCCUGGAGAAAGCUCUUUGACACCCUUCGCCGCAUGCCGGCCCGGCCAGAAGACAGGACUCAGCAGCCCCGGUCCUGCCCGCGCCUCUUCUGCACAGAAACACUCGCUCCUAUUACCCAAGGCUUCCAGAAGCUCUGAGGCGGAGGCCCCCAGUGCUACCUCAUGUUUGGGGGCUCUUGCUAGCUAUGGCCCUUCUGCUCUGCUUCCUGCUGCUGCUGGGGCUGUGUGGGAAUACCAUUUCAGAGGAACCCCCAUCAACCACAAAGAGCCCCAAUGUUUUGGAAUUUGAAUUGCCUGCGAUGAACUAUGAGACCAAAGACUCGUAUGAAGCUGGACCCACUGGCGUUCUCUUUCAAAUGGUGAAUGUCUUUCUCCACGUAGUGCAGCCGAAUCCUUUCCCUGAAGAUACUGUAAGAAAAAUUCUACAAAAGAAUUUUGACCUCUCACCUGAAUAUGAGAAGAUUAUCUCCUAUGAAAUCGGGAUUAUUAUUUGUGCUGUCCUGGGACUGCUCUUCAUUAUUCUGAUGCCUCUGGUGGGGUUUUGCUUUGGUUUGUGUCGUUGCUGCAACAAGUGUGGUGGAGAAAUGCACCAGCGACAGAAGAAAAAUGGGACCUUCCUGAGGAAAUAUUUCGCAGUCUCCCUGUUGGUGAUUUGUGUGUUUAUAAGCAUUGGUAUCAUCUUUGGUUUUGUGGCAAACCACCACCUAAGGACCCAGAUCGAAAAGAGUCGGCAACUGGCCGACAGCAACUUCAAAGACCUGAGAACUCUCCUGAAUGGAACUCCCGCGCAAAUCGACUACAUUCUGGGCCAGUAUACCACCACGAAGGAAAGGGCAUUCGCAGAUCUGGACAACAUUAAAUCACUGCUAGGAGGUGGAAUUCAUGAACAACUGAAGCCUAAAGUGAUCCCGGUGCUCGAUGACAUCAAGGCCAUGGCAGAAGCAAUCAAAGAGACCAAAGAAGCCCUGAUGACUGUGAACAGUACCUUAGGACAGCUGAAAAAAUCGACCACACAACUUAACACCAGCCUGAGUGACGUUAAAAGGAACCUGGAGCAAUCACUCAAUGACCCCAUGUGCUCUGUACCUCCGGUAGCUACCACUUGCAACAACGUCAGAAUGUCUCUAAGCCAGCUGGAUGACAAUACCAACUUGGGUCAGCUUCCAUCUUUGGAUAAGGAAAUUGAUAAUGUUAAUGAUGUUCUUCGGACAAAUUUGUCCAGCCUGGUCCAACAGGGCUAUAAAUCCUUUAAUGAUAUACCUGAGAUGGUGCAAAACCAAACCACAGACAUGAUAUCAGGUAUCAAAAGUAGCUUGAAUUCCAUUGGUUCAAAUAUCAGUAAUAUAAGCCAACAGAUUCCUAUUCAGGAUAAGCUGUCAUAUUUCAUGAAGUACGUUAAUAUCACUGAAACUCACAUCUACCGCAACUUACCUACAUUGGAAGAAUAUGAUUCAUACAGGUGGCUGGGUGGCUUGGUUGUCUGCUGUUUGCUGACUCUCAUCGUGAUUUUUUUUUACCUUGGCUUACUGUGUGGCACGUUUGGCUAUGACCAGAAUGCCACCCCAACCAGACGAGGCUGCGUCUCAAACACCGGAGGCGUCUUCCUCAUGGUCGGGGUUGGCAUAAGUUUUCUCUUUUGUUGGAUAUUGAUGAUCAUCGUGGUUGUUACUUUUGUUGUCGGUGGAAAUGUGGAAAAACUGGUCUGUGAACCUUACCAAAACAGGAAGUUAUUCCAGAUUUUGGACACACCAUAUCUACUCGAUGAGAAUUGGGAAUACUAUCUCUCUGGAAUUGUAUUUAACAAACCAGAUAUUAAUCUCACUUUUGAACAAGUUUACAGUGACUGCAAAGAAAACAAAGGCAUUUAUACCACACUUAAGCUAGAGAACAGCUACAAUAUCAGUGAACAUCUCAACAUUCAAGACUAUACCGGAAACAUAAACAAUGAUUUUGAAAGUACAAAUAUAAAUAUUGACAAUAUCGUUCUGCUGGAAGAAGCAGGAAGAAACAACCUUCUGAAUUUCAGUUCUUCGGGAAUAGACAAAAUAGAUUAUGAUGGCUACUUGACUGAGUUUGGUAAAACUCCCACAAAAGUCAAUCUUUUAGUAUUUGCAGAUGAUCUGGAAGAAAAAGCCAACAAUUUGCCCCAAGGAAAUUUGAAAGAGUCCCUGAAAAGUAAUGCAGAAACUAUUCGAACGAUUCACCGUGGCCAAGUCGUUCCUUUGGAACAAUCAAUGAACAUGGCAUACCAAAGCAUCAAGGAACUUCAGCACAAAAGCAGCGAAUUGGAGGUGAAAGUGAACAAGAUCCUCUCCUCUUUGGAUUCUGCUGAGGGCUUCCUCACAAACUAUACUUCCUCUGUUAUUGUUGAAGAAAGUAAGAAGUAUGCAAAUACAAUAAUAGGAUACUUUGAACGUUAUCUGCAGUGGGUCAAGAUCUCUAUCACUGAGCACAUUGCAGCCUGCAAACCUGUGGCCACCGCUUUAGAUUCUGCUGUUGACGUCUUUCUGUGUAGCUACAUUAUCGACCCCGUGAAUUUGUUUUGGUUUGGCAUAGGGGAAGCUACCAUAUUUUUACUUCCGGCGAUCAUAUUUGCUGUCAAGUUGGCCAAGUACUAUCGUCGGAUGGACUCGGAGGACGUGUAUGAUGAUGUUGAAACUGUACCUGUGAAAAAUUUUUAAACAGAU